CAUGGAGCCUCUGCAAGUCUGGGGGCCUGCCCCGUGGAGACCAGAGCCGAAAGCCGACGCCCUGGGUCUGGCGCUGUGCCUCCUCCUCCUGGGAUCCCCCCGCAGCGCCCUGGCCCUGCCCCCAUGCAAAGAGGAGGAGUACCCAGUGGGUACUGAGUGUUGCCCCAAGUGCAGCCCAGGUUACCAUGUGAAACACACCUGUGGGGAGCUGACGGGCACUGUGUGUGUGCCCUGCCCCCCGAGGACCUACACCGCCCACUACAACGGCCUGAGCGAGUGUCUGCCGUGCCGAGUCUGUGACCCAGCGAUGGGCCUGGUCACCAGGCGGAGGUGCUCCAGCACAGAGGACAGCAUGUGUGGUUGUAGCCAAGGCCACUUCUGCAUUACAGAGGAUGGAGACCACUGCACUGUGUGCUUGCCCCACACCAUCUGCCGCCCGGGCCAGAAGAUGCUGAAGAGAGGCACCGAGAGGCAGGACACGGUGUGUCAGGACUGCCCAGUGGGGACCUUCUCUCUCACCAGGGACCAAGAGGAAUGUCAGCCCUGGACCAGGUGCAGUGGCUGGCUAGUGACAGAAGCAGAACCUGGGACCAGCAGCUCAGACGCCACCUGCUCCUCCUCCUGGGUGCUGUAUCUUGUGGGUGUCCUUGUCAUUGCUGUUCUUCUUGUCACCUUUGGCCUGAUCUGGAAGUGGGUGAAAAGGAAAAGGCUGCCAGACAAUGUGGUCCGGGCGAUGGUCUCUUUCCAGGGCAAGAGACGGGAGACUACAGAAGCCGAGGCCACAGUCUCUCAGGCUCAGCAGUCCCCACCAGACGUCACCACAGUGGCUGUAGAGGAGACGGCACCCAUAUUCACUAUGAGGGACCAGAACCGCUGAUGAACAGGCUCUGGUACUAGACGUCUGAAACAUCUCAGGCUACACCAGCUGAACGUGCUGCCCACCUGCCGAGACCUCGGGAGCCAGGGGAGCUGUGCCACCUGCUCUGGGCUUGCUCCAGCCUCCUGUCUGCAGAGGGAAAGAUGGGGACACUGCCUAGAGGGGUGUGGACGUCCCGUGCCGUCUCCAUCAGUUAAAUAAGGGCCCAGAGCCCUCCCCUCGCCCCCAGGGCUGCCUUCCAAGGUGCCCGUACUGUGAAGACAACAGCAGCCACAUUUGCCUCCUCCCAGCCAGCCCAGGACGGCCCUGGCCUGGCCCAGUUCUCUGCCUCUCCUCAGUCCUGCUGGGCCUCAGCGGGCUUUUCUGCAGGACGGCCCGUGGGCGCUACCUCCCAGGGCUGGGACUGGACUCGGUGGGCCACGGAUGUGGCAUUAAAUGAGUGUUCUCAGUUUUUGUAUUUGUAAUAAACAAGUGUAUUGCAGCAAGA